GCAGAAUAUGAAAUUGCUCCAGAUGAAAAGCUGGGAGAGAAAGGAAAGGAAAUCAUGAUGAAAUACCUCACCCCAGAGUCUCCAGCCUACGUUCCUGAAGUCAGUCAAGAUCUUAUCCAACAGACAGAGGAGAAACUCGAAAACAGCCCCUGCAAAGAGCUAUUCUCUCACUGUACAAAAUCUGUCCUUGACCACCUCAGUGGAGAACCAUUCCAAGAAUACCUAAACAGCAUGUACUUCGACAGGUUUCUCCAGUGGAAGUGGUUGGAAAGGCAACCAGUAACGAAAAACACGUUUCGGCAGUACAGGGUACUGGGGAAAGGUGGCUUUGGGGAGGUCUGCGCUUGCCAAGUCCGAGCGACAGGGAAGAUGUACGCCUGCAAGAGAUUAGAGAAGAAGAGAAUAAAAAAGAGGAAAGGCGAAUCCAUGGCACUAAAUGAAAAGCAGAUUUUAGAAAAAGUCAAUAGUCAGUUUGUAGUCAAUUUAGCCUACGCCUAUGAAACAAAGGAUGCACUGUGUUUAGUUCUGACCAUAAUGAAUGGAGGUGACCUGAAGUUUCAUAUCUACAACAUGGGAAACCCAGGCUUUGAGGAGGAAAGAGCUUUGUUUUAUGCAGCAGAGAUUCUUUGUGGCUUAGAAGACCUACAUAGAGAAAACACUGUGUACAGAGAUUUGAAGCCAGAAAAUAUCCUGCUAGAUGAUUAUGGCCAUAUUAGAAUAUCUGAUUUGGGUCUAGCUGUUAAAAUCCCUGAGGGUGAAUCAAUCCGUGGAAGAGUGGGAACAGUAGGGUAUAUGGCUCCAGAAGUGUUGAACAACCAGAGAUACACACUCAGCCCUGACUACUGGGGGCUAGGCUGUCUCAUUUAUGAAAUGAUUGCUGGGCAAUCACCAUUUCGUGGAAGGAAAGAAAAGGUGAAGAGAGAAGAAGUGGACAGAAGAGUACUGGAGACAGAAGAGGUGUACUCCCAUAAGUUUUCUGAGGAGGCCAAGUCCAUCUGUAAAAUG